AUGAUAGUAGUUGAAGGCGUCUCCUCAAUAGUCGUCGAGCUGCUCGUCACUACAACAGCAGGAGAAUUAGAAGAGACGCUGAUCUCGCUGGAUGACUGUAUGGAGGGUGCCGGUGUGGCAACGCUCGAUACGGAGACCAAAGUGCUCGGAGAUGGUGAAAUGGGGCUCGAGGUCAACGCGGUCGGUACCGAACUUUGGAUCGGAAUGUUCGAUGAAUCUGGCAACACCGAGCUGGGGACUGAUAUGACCGGGAGCGAAGUUGGUAGAGAGGUUGGCAACGAAAGCGGCAGAGACGAUGGCAGUGACGUUGGCACGGAGACCGGAAGAGAAGCUGGAACGGAUAUGGGGCUGGAGCUCGGAUUCGGGUUAACGACGGACGACGCGGUCCGAGAAGAGCUUUGCCCAGGCACGGGACCAGGGCCGGAGCUUGGCUCUGAGACUGGUGUGGUCUCUACGGGGCUCGGAGACGGUAGCACGACAAUGGGUGAGCUGGUGAUCACUUGCGAAGUCGCUGGAACCGAUGCCGGAAUGCUCGAGUUCGUGAACCGGAAGGAAGAUGAGGGGCUGAAGACUCCUGGUAUGGAUGUUGUUGUCUGGGGAAGAGUCGGGAUGUCGCUCGAGGACACGCUCGAUGAGAGAACUGGGGGGCUGCUACUACUUCUGGUGCUCGUAGUGGACGUUGAAAGUAGGCUAGGGGACAUAGAGCUAAUGGCAUAUGUAGGUGAUGUGGAGGUGGAAGAGCUCGUUGGUGUCGUCGUCGGUGUAGCUGUCGACGUAGUGGAUGAUGAGGUAGAAGCUGCAGUUGUGGAGGUCGAGGAAGAGGACGAGGGUGUCGAUGAUGAGCUCUCCGUUGACGAAACGCUGGAAGAAGUGGAGGUGGUGCUGAUCGUGGAAGAAGUACUCUCACUGCUGGUCUCUGUUGUGCUAGAGAUGGUCGAUGAAGUACUCGAGGUCGAAGAAGUAAUCGUACUACUUGUGACACUACUUGUGGCGGUUGAGCUUGAAGAGCUAGUUGCGCUGGUCGAUGUUGGUGUAGAUGAGGAUGCAGUGCUUGAUGUGCUGCUGCUCGAGGAAGUUGUUGUAACCGCGGUCGAGGUACUUGUGAGAGUGCUAGAGCUGCUACUCGAACUUGAUGAUGUUGUCGAGCUCCCAGGCGAAGUUGAGAGAGGCGGGUAG